GAUGAACGGCGCAGCCGCAGACGGAGGGAAGGGCGAGACGAGAGCUGAGAGCGCAGCCAUUCAGACAGACUGUCGACUGAACCGGGUGGGCCAGGACCGAACAGCCGCAGAACCGGAGCCUGUCAUCUGUCAGCUUCCCCCUGUUUCUCCAGCAGCGACUCUCACACGCACACCGCAACGACAUCAUGCGUGAGAUAGUGCACCUGCAGGCCGGCCAGUGCGGGAACCAGAUUGGAGCAAAGUUCUGGGAGGUGAUCAGUGACGAGCAUGGCAUUGACCCGACAGGGACCUACCACGGAGACAGUGACCUGCAACUGGACAGAAUCAAUGUCUACUAUAACGAGGCUUCAGGUGGGAAGUACGUGCCUAGGGCCAUCUUAGUUGAUCUGGAGCCAGGCACAAUGGACUCUGUCCGCUCCGGCCCCUUCGGACAGAUCUUCAGACCCGACAACUUUGUCUUUGGCCAGAGUGGAGCCGGUAACAACUGGGCAAAGGGCCACUACACAGAGGGAGCCGAGCUGGUUGACUCUGUCCUGGAUGUAGUGAGGAAGGAGGCUGAGAGCUGCGACUGCCUCCAGGGUUUCCAGCUUACACAUUCCCUCGGAGGAGGUACUGGCUCUGGUAUGGGUACUCUGCUGAUCAGCAAGAUCCGUGAGGAGUACCCUGACCGUAUCAUGAACACCUUCAGUGUGGUGCCCUCUCCAAAGGUGUCAGACACAGUGGUGGAACCCUACAAUGCCACCCUGUCUGUCCACCAGCUAGUUGAGAACACAGACGAGACUUACUGCAUCGACAACGAGGCCCUGUAUGACAUCUGCUUCCGCACCCUCAAACUCACCACACCCACAUACGGAGACCUCAACCACCUGGUCUCUGCCACCAUGAGUGGGGUGACAACAUGCCUGCGUUUCCCCGGCCAGCUCAAUGCUGAUCUCCGCAAACUGGCCGUCAACAUGGUGCCCUUCCCUCGUCUGCACUUUUUCAUGCCCGGCUUCGCCCCGCUCACCAGCAGGGGCAGCCAGCAGUACAGAGCCCUCUCUGUUCCCGAACUCACACAGCAGAUGUUCGACGCCAAGAACAUGAUGGCUGCCUGCGACCCACGCCACGGCCGCUACCUGACUGUGGCCGCAGUGUUCCGUGGCCGCAUGUCCAUGAAAGAAGUCGACGAGCAGAUGCUGAACGUGCAGAACAAGAACAGCAGCUACUUUGUAGAGUGGAUCCCCAACAAUGUCAAGACGGCCGUGUGCGACAUCCCACCCCGUGGCCUCAAGAUGGCUGCCACCUUCAUCGGCAACAGCACAGCUAUCCAGGAGCUGUUCAAGCGCAUCUCUGAGCAGUUCACCGCCAUGUUUCGCCGCAAGGCUUUCCUCCACUGGUACACCGGCGAGGGCAUGGAUGAGAUGGAGUUCACAGAGGCGGAGAGCAACAUGAACGACUUGGUGUCUGAGUACCAGCAGUACCAGGACGCCACAGCUGAGGAAGGAGAGUUUGAGGAGGAGGGAGAGGAAGAGGUGGCCUAAGGCUAAAAUCACUUAUAAUUUCUCACCUGCACUUGUAACUUCACCCAACAAUCCAUCCACUUAUUUCACUCCUGCUCUUGUUUUUUCUUUGUUUUUGUUACAGUUCUCUCCUCUCUCUGUCCUCUUAUUUCUGUAUUGCCUCUCUUUCCUUUUCUCUCUGCCUCUCCUCUUUCUUCUAGCCAGAGUAGGAUUCACAACACUAAAUCUCUCUCAUCUCAGUGCUCACAUAGACAGCUAGCUAACACAGGUGUGCUUGUGGUAUUUUGUCCGUAGUUUUAUGUUAAUGUUCAUUUAUCAUCAUCAGUCAAACAGUACCUGGGCCAAGUAUUCAAUAAAACUGUUCAACCCAUGCAAAUUUGAUCACCUAUCUGGCAUCAAUUCAAAUAAAGUUGUCGGAAAAAUAUCCCUCUGUGUGUGUGUGUGUAUGGUACAUUACAUAGUAUAGAUAGAGAGAAUUGUAUAUUUAUGUGUGUAAUGUGUUAUUUUAUGUACAAUAUUAAACAUAACUGUUUAACAACCA